CAUAUUUAUUUUGGCAUUAAUUGUGGCAUCACAGUAUGUAUAUUCUACGAAAGUAAGCUGUUUAAAAUUAUUCACACACAUUUUGUACGACUCCGAAAAGUCCGUGGGAGAUUUCAAAAUGGACCUGAGUAAUCUUUUUGGAAAUCCGUCCUCUAUAACCAUAAGGUCCGCUGCAUCGCGGUUUGACACAACACCGGAAGUCGAGCCGUUUAGUAAAACUCCUCAAGGCGAUGUACUGCGGGGAAAGAAGAUACCCAUCACUCGUCUGACUCCGGAAUCGUUGGCUCGAGCCAAGAGUCGCACGAAGAAGGUGGAAACUUUGCUCAAAAAGACCAAAUCUGAUUCGUUAAUAUCCUUACGGAACGAUCCAUAUGAGAACAUUAUGAUAGAAGAACUGGGAACUUCCAUGUUGGUAAGGGAUUAUGACGAUUCUGCCGAUAUCAGUUCCCAUCCCAGCUAUAAUAUUAUGAAAUUUAGAGACUUAAAUUGCUACGUAAAGUACUUGGAUUCCAAGGAGAAAUACGAUAAACAGUUUAUGCGCGAAAUGAAACAUCUUAUUCAAAGUCAGACCAAUAUCUGCGAUGAAUAUUUUUUGAAGAAAAUUCUCUGCUAUAAAACCCUCUGGCCUCCGUUGCAUACAAAACGGGAGCUGAACUUUUUUGUCAGGAAAUUUUUUCAGCUUCCUCCCAGAGCAAAGGCUCGCGUCGAAUAUCUCAUGAAAACAGAUUUAAGUCUAGGAAACUAGAGUCAAAAAAUUGAAAAAGCAAUUAUGCUAUUUAUUCCAUUCGAAAAUGGUUUAAUUAGCACAUUUGUUUUUUGCAAUCAAGCUAGCCAUUUCCCAGCUAAUUACUUUGUAUUAAAAAUCCACAUACAAUAAAUUAAAUGCAUAAAUUGAA